AUGGGCAAGUCGACGUCGUCUGCUGUGCAGAACGAAAAGCAGAGAAGAAAUGUCCGUGAUGUGGAGCUUUCUCGCCCUCGAAAGUUCUUCACAUCUAGAGAUUUUGGAAUUGUGAUAUUACUCACAGUUGUUGCAUUCGCUAUUCGAGUUCAACGCUUAAUGAUUCCUUCUAAGGUGGUUUUUGAAGAGUUAAGAUACAUAAAUUAUGCCCUUGAUUACGCAUCGAAUAGAUUUGUUUUGGAUGUUUAUCCUCCUCUUGGAAAGCUAUUACUUAGUUUUGGUCUAACAUUCUUUAAUUCCGAUCCUAAUCUUACAAGAGUAGGUUCUACAGGGCAGGAAUUCCCUUCCAUUGAAACGGCGAGGAGUCUUCGUUUAAUCGUCGCUGGGUUUGGCUCUCUUUUGAUCCCUUUAAUGUAUGGUAAUGUGUAUCUUUCAUCAAACUCCAAAUCCGCUGCUUUCAUGGCUUCCGUUUUUGCUAUCUUCGACAACGGGUUAAUUACAAUGAGCCGCUAUGUUAUGAUUGAAACUCCUACCUUAUUUUUUAUGGGUUUAACCUCCUUCUGCUGGAUGUACUAUGAAAACCAGCAAAAACACCCUUUUUCCACAAAAUGGCACUUCAGUCUUUUGUCUACCGGUAUUAGUCUUGGCCUUGUAAUCAGCACUAAGCUUUCAGGAGUAUUUACACUUUUAUGGUUAUUAGCUUUAGUGGUAUUCCAUCUUUGGAAUUUACUUGGUGACCUCAGUGUGCCAAUCACCCGUAUCAUUCGUUAUGGUUUCAAUUAUGUAUUCUAUCUUAUAGGGAUUCCCAUGGUUACAUACCUCGCUAUAUUCACUGUUCAUUCGGAAUUAGCAGUUAAGUCUAGUACUUACGAUUCAUUUUUGACCCCUGAGUAUAAGUACGCAUUAAAGAAUAAUAAGUUUGAAGAGCAAUAUGCAGAUGUGGCGUACGGCUCUUUGGUAACAAUUCGUAAUGCUAUUCCUGAACACGGUUAUUUGCAUUCGAACGAACUCGUGUAUCCCGAAGGCACUAAACAACAGAUAAUUUCAUUGACGGAUCGUCCUAAUCAAAAUGCUCUUUGGAUCAUCGAACAUGAUAAUCCUAAUGAAAACAAGCGUGAAAAUGUCGAAUUGUUGGAAGAUGGCAGCAUUGUUCGUCUUCGCCAUAUCAUGACAGGAAGAGCCUUGCAUUCUCACGAUCACAGACCUCUUGUGAGUAAUCACGAUUGGCAGCUGGAAGUUUCUGGUUACGGUGGCUUUGGUUUCGAAGGAGAUGGAAAUGAUUUAUACCGUGUUCAAAUACUUGACCGUCCUUCUCGUUAUGCCUCCUCCAAUGGCACAGUUGAGGCAUUAAAUACUUAUUUUAGAUUGAUACACGUAUUUACUAACUGCGAGUUGAUGACUUCCCAUCGCCGUCUUCCUGAUUGGGGGCAAGACCAUCGCGAGGUUACAUGCUGUAGAAAUUGUAUCGAGCGAAGUACAACUUGGGUUAUCGAAUCAAAUUUCCACGAUGCAAUGCCUUCCGAUGCUAGAAAAAUAACUUACAGAAAGCCGGGUUUCUUUGAAAAAUUCAUAGAAGCAAACAAGCUGAUGUGGUUAAAGGACCGAAAAAUGGGAGAUGGACAUGAAUUCGAAAGUCAUGCUUUGACGUGGCCUUUCUUGUUAGGACCUUUGAGAUUUUUAUCAGAUCAGGGUCUCCAGGUUUACUUCUUUGGUAAUCCCGUUGUUUGGUACAGUGUGUUGUCUCUGACUCUUUUCUUUGCGUUGGUAAUGCUGUUUUUCAUUGCAAGAUGGAAUAUGGGUUACAAAGAUGGAGGUCCUAAUGUUUACCAUUACUCAUACAAUAUUGGCAAAUUUUCUCUCGCUUGGUUAAUUCACUGGGCUCCUUAUAUUCUUGAAACGGAUCGUGUAUUCUUGUAUCAUUAUCUUCCAGCCUUGUAUUUUGGAAUUGCGGCACUUGGUGUGGGCUGGUCAUUCGUUGGAGUUGUGGUCCUGGAGCGCCGUCCUAUCUAUUCUUUCAUUACAACAGCCUUCAUUGUGUUGAUGGUGGGUGUUUAUUACCUCUAUAGCCCUUUUACGUUCAUGACUCCUUUGACCCGAUCAUCAUGUCAGCCACUUGAAUUGAAAGGUUCUUGGAAUUUCAGAUGCAACAGCUAUAUGGAAUCCUUAUCCCAAUACAAUUCUGACAAAGUCAGCCCUGUUUACUAUGAGAGAGCCGCUCCCCAUCCUUUUGUGUAUAACGAUCCUGCUGGAAACGCUGAUACAGACGUUCCUUUAAAAGAAAACCUUGGGGUAUAUUAUCCCGUAUGGGAUGCGCAAGUAGAGAUGGGCUACAAGGUUGCAGCUGAAGAAAAGGCCGCUAUGGAAGCAAAAGAGAAUGCUGAAAAAGCAGCAUCGGCUGAAUCCGCUUCUGUGUCUUCUGAAGAGACUUCACACAAUGAGUCAUCACAGUAA